CAUGUGUGUAGGUGUGUUUGAAAGUGCUCUCAGAGUACAGAAUUCAGGGAGCGCUGAGCACACCGUCCAGGGGUCGGUACUUUAGGAGGUUCCCUGACUUCUCACCACCAGGAGCUGGUAGCCAGAGCCACUUGCCCAGCUUUCUGCCAUGGACCUCACUGGCUGAGGCACCAGGACUGGCUUAGACACCAGGACUGGCUGAGACCCCCACACUGGAUGAGACCCCCAUACUGGAUGAGACACCAGGACUGGCUGAGACCCCAGGAUUGGCUUAAAUAUUUCAAGGACCUUGCUAGCAGGGUAAAGGGGUGUAAAUGUGACCCCCUAAUCCCAGCUCAAUUAAACGUUUCUGCGAUGGUCAUCAUUGGCUGAUACACCCGGAUUGGCAAGACACCCAUACUGUGUAAGACCCCCACAUUGGCUGAGACCCCCACAUUGGCUGAGAUCUCCACACUGAGUAAGACCCCCACAUUGGCUGAGACCCCCGGAUUCCCUAGGAUCUCUCUGGGAUAACAGUGGAGUGUGGACCCCGCUAUGCUUUGGGUAAAUUGCUCAUUUUUGGAGUAUUCAUUCUGCUUGAGGAUGUAUUCACACCCCCACUCAUGGUCCGGAAAAAGAAGCCCCAUCAGCUCCAAGAUAAUUCUCUAAUGGACGGAUGAGACCAAAAGGAUGACUGGCUGGACUAUCCGAUUACUCAGUUUGCUGGUAUUGCUGUUCUUGGUGAUGUCUUCAAAAGCCUCUUCUGCCCAUUAUCGGGUUUGCGAGCCGUACACUGACCACAAAGGCCGGUACCAUUUUGGUUUCCACUGUCCGCGUCUGUCUGAUAAUAAAUCCUACAUCCUGUGCUGCUACCACAAUAACUCCAUGUUUAAAUACUGCUGUAACGAGACCGCGUUCCAGAACGUCAUGCAGAUGAACCUCACCAUGGGUUCCGAUGGAUAUAUGCAUAACAACUACAGUGCACUGGUUGGAGUCUGGAUUUAUGGAUUUUUUGUGGUUGUCCUGUUGGUGUUGGACCUGUUGUAUUAUUCUGCAAUGAACUUUGAAUUUUGCAAGUUGUACCUGACAAGAUGGGGUAUACAUGCCAAAUGGAUGAGACAAGGACAGAAGCAGUGGGACAAAUCGACACAGGAUUCUUCUCAAACGUCGGCUCAGUGUCAAACCGCGCACUCUGUACACACUUUAAAAGGAGAUAAUCUCAGUCCAACCGGGAUGCCAUAUCAGACUUCGAGAGCCUGAAUAAAGUCCUGUGCCUAACGGUGGAUGAAGAUAACAACCGGGUAAAAGCUCGCAGCAGACACGACUCAGGCGAGUAAAUUCUGACGUUGAUGACUGAAGGAGGUCUGAAGGUGGACUAUCGUUCAAAUCUUUUAAGUCGUUCUGCUUUGUCAAGGAAAAAAUAGGACAGUCAGCAGGAAGUGCUUUCUAAUUCUGUUUGUAAGCAAUAUUUUCAUUUCUAACCGAAGAAGAUUAUUUUUAGAAAAAAAACAAACAAAACAAAAGGGGACUGUCACCUCUGAUAAAUUGAAUGAUUGAGCGAAGGAGACUUCUCGCUUUGACAAGGUCACUCACGUCGUGCAGAGCACUAUAACUCUUCAAAGCAAUGGCACAUCCAAAUUGCUGCCUACUGUGUACAUCUAUUGUCGUUAAGUGUGUAACUUAGACUGUGUGUCAGUUUAAUGAACAGGAACAUUCCUGAAUCCUGAUGAAAUAGCGCAGUGCGUAGGCUGCACUCAGUAAGCACCCCUCUCACUUUAUGAAGUUUGGACAUAUCAACACCUGCCAGUACCAGACAGAUGAACCAAUAAUACGUCCCACUUUGUUGUGUCUUCAUUUUCAACACACUGUAUAAGACCACAAGUGCCCUAAUUCUCACAGUCAUAGAUGGUUUUUCAUUUCUUUCCUUAAAAUGGACCUGUCGCCAAAACUUUACGUCAAACCAGAAGAAUAAUGGUCUGUAUGUUGUAUUGAAAUUAUUCAGCAGCCUUUAGGACAUUUCUAUAUUUCACCCUAAUUGCAAUAGAGAAUACUUUGCACCGCCAUGCGAUCCUUCUCUUUCCUCCAGGUCAUUAUUUAAAAACUGCAUCAGAACGUUGAGAGUCUGGUCCCAUCCCAUCUGCAGGUCAUCUCUAUCUCCAUCUACUGUCUUUUCUCCUUCUCACUUACCAACACAUGUCAAGUCACACCUUCCACCUUUUCUUCUGUUCAACCUGCUUGUCUCAUUUCAGUUUGGAGUCCCACCAUAUUCCAGCUCCAGGCCUUGAUUGCCCAGCUCAUAUUUCAUCUGUCCCAUUUGAGGUUCCUUCUAAGCACUAGCCCAUUCCAUCUCUGUUCCACUUUUUUUGACUCAUUUUAGUUCUCAUUUUGCAUUCUUUCAGAUGCAACUUUACUUAGUUUGUCAUUGGUCUGACCAUAUGCCUGGCCUGUGCACGGUGGCCCAAACAAGGUGCAUGCACUACAGUGGCCUAAUCUGUCAUGGACUCAUCCUGAUGCCAAGCGGCAAAGCCCCACAGCAUUUCUGUGAUAAACAAUUACCCUAUACGAGUAACCCAAAGCAUUGAAGGAAAACUAUAGUGUUAGGAAUACAAAACUGUAGUGUCGUUCCCAUGGGCAGAUUGUGUCUCACAAACACAGGAAAACAUGGGGCUCCAUACAAUCCUUACAGGUUUUUUUAAAGAAAAUCCUAAAUGUAGCAUUUACUGAACUGACUAGCUCUUUUCAAAAACAUGGAAAAAAAUUUAAUUAAUAGAAAAGUGGGCAACUGUUGGUUUUGGAAAAACUAGGCACCAUAACCACUAUAUGCCAAUGUCCAUUACGCUGCCCUGAGUGGUACUUUAUCAAACUAUUUCUGAGUGGUUUGACCAAAACUCUCUGACUCUGUUUCUGUGAAACCUACAGCCCAGCCCUCGCGUGCUGUAACUUCUGGGGAACAGGCCUGCGCUGUGGGUGCCUCAGGAAAUGUCUUGGUCAGACAGACUGCAUGAAAAUGGACCAUUGCACCAUUGUCUAAUGGCACCAUAAUAGCUAUAUUGGCAUGUAGUAGUUAUGGUGCUGUUGCUUUUUUUUAUGUAAAAUAAUGUGGCCAUUUGUUGCACUAACAUUAGGAAAUAUAAAAUAAAAUUGCAUUGUAAAUAUUUUUCAUGCACCUAUAUUCCUCGAGCUGAUUUGCUGCUCUUUUUGAAUAUUUUGGUAAAGUUGAAACACUAAUAGAUAAUUCAAUCCAAUCAAUCCAUGCUGAAUAACAGAUUGAUUAAUGGGACACCCCAGGGUGCAUUUGCUGCCAUUUCAAUGCAGUAUAUUUAUUUUUCACAUGCCUUAUAUAACACCUUUAUCCGGAGCUUGCUGUACGACGAUUGGCGGUGACAUAUAUAUCUUAUAUUAAAAUGGUGAGUGCAGAUGGAAGCCUCUUAUAGCUCUGUGACAGUAAGUUAUAAAACGUGCAUGCGUGAUGCCAUACACGGCUCAGGUAUGUCCAGUGUCACCACAAGGGGCGUCUUAUUCACAAAAGAAAAAAAAGAGUCUUUUACAACAGUGAUUGGAAGCUUCUGGCCAAAGCCACAUUUACAAGAUAAGAAGAAACGAGUAGCUGGACUGGAAAAUAAUUCCCGAAUACGUUGUAUCUCCAAUUUGGUUACUUUAAGAUCACAUUUCGGUUGACUACGAUUCACCAUGUACCUAACUCGGACCCUUACACUAUUGUGGGAAAAGGGGCCCCGUCCCAUGAUGAGACUUUAGGCUCAUUGCUCCCUGUUUAAAUAUCCCAGCCCUCUCCAGCUAACCCGCUGCUGUGGCUUCUCUGUGGUAGGUCCUGUGGCUUUAGCCUUGCUCUGCAAAUGAAUUGCUGGUCUGGUAUAAAACAAGACAGCAGGGUGUAAAUUUGACGUUUCUAAUUUCCAUUUAUUUUGCUUUAUACCAAAGAGGAGACAGGUGACCCAGUGGGCAGGUGGCUGAUGAAUGUUAACGAAGAGUAACAACUAAAACAAAUGAAAUUUACUUACAUCUCCUUUCUGUUCAGCUAUAAAUAUUUCCCCAACAGCAUACAGAGUUAUACCGUCAUAUUACAGAGUUAUUCCGUCAUAUUACAGAGUUAUACCGUCAUAUUACAGAGUUAUUCCGUCAUAUUACAGAGUUAUUCCGUCAUAUUACAGAGUUAUACCGUCAUAUUACAGAGUUAUUCCGUCAUAUUACAGAGUUAUACCGUCAUAUUACAGAGUUAUACCGUCAUAUUACAGAGUUAUACCAUCAUUAUACAGAGUUAUACCGUCAUAAUACAGAGUUAUACCGUCAUAUUACAAAGUUUACCAUUAUAAUACAGAGUUAUACCGUCAUAUUACAGAGUUAUUCCGUCAUAUUACAGAGUUAUUCCGUCAUAUUACAAAGUUAUACCGUCAUAUUACAGAGUUAUACCGUCAUAUUACAGAGUUAUACCGUCAUAUUACAGAGUUAUACCAUCAUUAUACAGAGUUAUACCGUCAUAAUACAGAGUUAUACCGUCAUAUUACAAAGUUUACCAUUAUAAUACAGAGUUAUACCGUCAUAUUACAGAAAGAGAAUGGUCUUUGCUUGACUUUACUGUCGUUGUGCCUCUAUCUGACAGGAUUAUUUAGGGUGAGACUUCAAAGUGAAUUACAAAUUUAAGGCUAUCGGGUUGUAACAAAUGCUUUUUAAUGUGUCAGUCACUGAUAUAUUGUAUUUAAUGGUUUGACAAUCCUUCUCAGCAGUCCUUAGACCAUGUGCAGAAUCUCAUGGUGUGCCCUCUACUGGUGAAGGAAAGUAGUGUUAUCAUGUGAUUAACUUAAAAUGUAACUUUAUAUAUAUAUUCCACAUGUCUCUUAUUGGGACUGUCCCACUGACAUGGGUUAUUUCUCUGAUGUCCCACUUCUCAAGGAACUGGAAAUACCCACCGAAAUAAUGACUAUGGGCAAAAUCCAUGUAUAUUCUGUGCCCUGUACAUGCAUAGGUCGAAAUGGCUGGUACAUAAGGAGCGCUCUAUAAAAUAAAGUGUGGUAUUCCAGUGAAUCCAUCCCCUGGAUAUAAUCCCCAUAUCUCGGAAUCUUGGGGUAAAAUGUUGGCAAUAUGUUCUGAGCAGACUCCUGUUCACAUAAGGGGCGGACCUCCUGAAUCGUAAUGUAACCUAGAUAGUAACUGUGAUCCGUGUUAGGAAAACCCCCCUUAAAUUAAAAAGAAAAGAAGGGUGGGAUUAAGAAAUUAUCUGAAUGAUGUGCUGCUGUGAAAUGUGGGUAUUGGGGUUACAGACCCUCCCACACCCUUUAACAAAGUCGUUUUUCAGUUUGUUUGUUUUUUAACUUAAAACAAUUGUUACUUACUAUACAAUGUAUUUGACACCGUGUAGGCAUUGUAUGUGCUUGUAGCAUAGGAAACCCAGUCCAUUUAUUGGAAACAGAACCAUCCCAUCGAAUCCCCAAUGUGGUUUUGCUAUUUAUUUGGGAGAUUUUUAGAAUUUUUUGAGACUGAUGCUUUUUUUUUACGCAUUACCAAAAAAGUGACCUCUUAAUUGUUUUAGCAUUGCAAUAUUUAGAAUUUCUACCUCCCUGUAACACAUAGAACUAAUAAACACAAGAUGUACGUGUGUUUCAAAUAUUCGUCUCGUUGUAAAUUUGCAUCCUAAGAAAUA